GGUCACAACGCGGGGAAGUUGCGCACGGUGUUACUGCGUUGCCAUGGGGUUUUGUGAAACCUAUUGACUGCGAUAGGGUCCCUGCUUUUCUUCUGAAUCUGUCUUUGUUGGAAGAGGAGGAAACCCCUAUUACUUUUUUUUUCUCCCCCAAGUCUUGCAGAGGCGCGUGAGGAGGCAAGAGGGGGAGGAGGAGGAGGGGAGCCGAAAGGAGCAGCAGCAUCCAGGGGAGUUGGAGAAGGCGGAGGAGGAGAAGCGGAGGUACUUCGGUUAAGACCAACAGCGAGGCGAAGCGGCUGAACGUUUAACAGUUACACACCUCCAUCUUUUUCUCCCGGCAGUGGACGCAAAUCAACUUUGGGAAGAAGGGCUGUGGCACGAGUUGCACCUGAGGGUACGGCAUCUUCAGCCCAUCCCAGAAAUGAACUGAGGACACGGAGGACAGUACUUCUUUGUUGAUAAAGUCCUAAAUCCUGUAGUGAAACCAUGAGCUCACAACAAAACCCAGGAUUGGCUGCCAUGCUGAAGCUGUCAGUGAUCACCUGUAUUUAUGCCUUUCAUACAACUACAGCCAUCGACAUUCCUCUUGAAGUUUUGGGUCAUGUAAACAUUGAGCAGCUGCCCACCAUCACAGAUCAGGCUCCCAGCUCUCUCAUCGCGUUCCCUUUUGAUGAGAGCUUCCCGGUGACGUGUGAAGCCAAAGGGAAUCCUGAGCCAGAAUUCCAAUGGAAAAAGAAUGGCGAAGAUUUUGACCCUUAUCUAGACCCCCGUCUGAUGAAAGAAGAGAAUUCUGGGACCUUUGUGAUACCUAAUAAUGGGAACCUCACAGAGUACCAGGGAACCUAUCGCUGUUAUGCGUCAAACAAACUGGGGACGGCCAUAUCAAAGGAGAUUGAGUUCAUUGUGCCCAACGUUCCGAAAUUCCCAAAAGAAAAACUCGAUCCUGUUGAGGUGGAAGAAGGCCAACCUUUUAUUCUGAAAUGUGACCCGCCCACCGGCGUACCUCCCCUGCAGAUCUACUGGAUGACUAUCAAUCUUCAGCACAUCGAACAAGAUGAGAGGGUCUCCACCGGCCUGAACGGAGACCUUUACUUCUCCCAUGCGGUGGAGAAGGACAGCAGGAGAGACUACUGUUGCUACGCCGCCUUCCCCAGGAUACGAACCAUCGUUCAGAAGACAGCCAUGUCUGUCAAUGUCAAGACAAGAAAAGAUGACAGGUCUGAAAGUGCCAAUGCAAUUCUGGAAAGAAAACCCUCUCUUCUGACGCCCCCUGGUGACAGUUCAGAGAAACUGCUGGUCAAAGGAGAGGACCUGGAAUUGGAGUGUAUUCCAGAAGGAAUUCCAACUCCACAGGUGGAGUGGAUGAAGAUAGGUGAGCAACUUCCUGUUAAAGCAAAACUGGAGAAUCACAGGAAACUGCUGAUUGUUCCGAGUGCUGAACAGGAGGACAGCGGGAGGUACAUGUGCAGAGCAAAGAACCCACUAGGAGAAGCUGUCCAUUACUUCACAGUGCGAGUUGAAGGGCUUCCAGACUGGGUGUCAGAGCCAGAGAGCCAGCUCAGUAUGAUCGGCUCAGAUGUGCACAUCAAGUGCUCCGCCCGUGGGGUCCCAGAGCCCACCAUCACAUGGAGGGUGAACGGUGAACUUCUGCAGGAAUCCCCGGCGGCCAACAGGAAGACACUUGGUGAUACCAUCAUUUUACAUAAUGCCAAAGCUUCCGACAGCGCAGUCUAUCAGUGCGAGGCCUCCAACAGACACGGGAAGAUCCUAUCCAACGCCAACAUUAUGAUUAUGAACCUACAGCCUAUGAUUCUGACCAAUGAUGAGGAGGAUUACUCUGCAGUAGAAGGGAAGGGAGUGAUCAUGCACUGUAAGGUCUUCAGUUCUCCUCCUUCAACAAUCAUUUGGAGCAAAGAUGACUCCUCUGAAUCUAUUCAAGGUCCAAGGUUCACGGUUCAUGACAAUGGUUCUCUAGAGAUCCACAGGGUAGAGAAAGGCGAUGCGGGACAGUACACAUGUUUAGCUAAAAACACAGAGGGUUCGUCCGCCAUUGAUGCUGUGCUUUACAUAAAAGAUCCCACUAGAAUAGUGGUGGCCCCAGAGGACCUACAGAUCUUAAAAGGUACCACGGCCCAGCUCCUCUGCUUGGCAGAGUACGACAAGUCCUUCAGCAAUGACUUUGAGCUCCUAUGGGAGAAGGAUAAUACAGAGAUAGCACUCAACUACACUGAGAAUUCAAGAUACAUUAUGGAGGACAGCAAUCUUCACAUCAUCAACAUUAGCCAUGGAGAUCAGGGCGUGUAUAGGUGUGUGGCAAAGACUCCGGUGGACAGAGACACAGCCUCAGCCUUCCUCAUGGUGUUAGAUGUCCCUGAUGCUCCUGAGAACUUGGUUCUUUCUGAGCACAAGAGUAAAAGUGUGAAGCUGAAAUGGAUCCCUGGGGAUGACCACAAUAGCUCACCCACAGAGUUCAUCAUUGAGUACGAGGAAAACAAGUGGGAGCCAGGAAACUGGAAGGAGCUACUCCGAGUGCCCGGGAACCACAACUCUGCUGUCCUCAAACUCCACGGUCACGUCGAAUAUCGUUUCAGAGUGUACGCCCUCAGCAUGGUGGGAAAGGGGCCACCCAGCAAGCCCACGGAAAGAUACAAGACUCCCCCGUCAGCCCCUGACAAGAACCCAGAAAAUAUCAAAAUCGAAGGUCAUUUGCCACAUGAAAUGGAUAUCAACUGGGAGCCUCUGUUACCCAUCGAGCACAAUGGCCCCGGCCUGGAGUACAAGGUGAGCUACAGGCGACAGGAUGUGGAGGAGGACUGGAAAGAGCACACUGUGAAGAGGCACUCGUUUGUGGUCCGGAACACUCCCACAUUCGUUCCGUACGAAGUCAAGAUCCAAGCCAAGAACAAUCAGGGCUGGGGCCCCGAGCCCAGGAUUGUGAGCGGUUUCUCAGGAGAGGACUUUCCCUCUGCUGCACCUGAUGAUGUAGACGUGAAGGUGAUGAACAGCUCAGCAGUCAAGGUUUCCUGGACCCGCGUGCACAAGGACAAGCUGCAUGGACAUCUGGGAGGCUACAGGAUAAACUGGUGGCGUCUGCGCAGUCUGGUGGACUCGAAGAAAAGCCACGGAGACAAGCACUCGAUCACAUUCCCCGGGGAUCGAACCCACGCCACGGUGCCAGGCCUGACGCCCUUCUCUGAGUACAGCCUUAUCGUCAUGACCUUCAACGGGAGGGGUAAUGGUCCAGGGAGCCAUUCGGUCAACUUCAAAACCCCAGAGGGAGUCCCAGAGAAAAAUCCAGUGUUCAGGGUCACAGGUGUGAAGAGGAACUCUGUCUCCCUGGCCUGGGCCCCUCCUUUGGAGCCAAAUGGGAUUCUGACGGGGUACCUACUGGAAUACCAGCUUAUUAAUGACACAGAGGAAGUUGGGCCCCUGCAAGCUGUUGAUAUCAGCAACCCUGACACCACUCAGUGGAUCCUGCAUGAAUUAGAGCCUCUGAGCAAAUACAAGCUCUAUCUACGCUCCUGCACCGCAGUUGGCUGCGGGCCUGCUGUCAUUGAGGAGAGCACCCCCGCCCUGGAAACAACUUCUUCUUUGGCACCUACCGUUGGCAUCAGAAAGUCCCUCUCCACUCCGAGCACUCCAAAGUCACAUGUGACCAAAUCCACCGGUUCAAGCAUAGGUCUGGCCGGCGUCCACGGAGGAAUAUCCACCCAGGGCUGGUUUAUCGGCCUGAUGUGUGCCAUCGCUCUUCUCACACUCAUUGUGUUGAUCGCCUGCUUUGUCAACAGAAAUAAAGGAGGAAAGUAUUCCGUGAAAGAAAAAGAAGACCUUCAUCCAGAUGUGGAGUCCCAGGGCAUGAAUGAUGACACAUUCUGUGAAUACAGUGACAAUGACGAGAAGCCACUGAAAGGCAGCCAACACUCCCUCAGCAGGGAGAUCAAAAAGGCAGACAGCGGGGAUAGCCUGGUGGACUACGGUGACGAGGACGUUCAGUUCAACGAAGACGGCUCAUUUAUCGGCGAAUACUGGAGCCGGAAGGAGAAGAGGGUGUCUACCGAGAUCAAAGCAUCCACUCAGACCCCGGCGUGAGGAGGAGAUCGCUGGCCAUCAUCACACUGACUCCAUUCCACCUGCUGGAAAUCCACAAAUGAAUAACAGAGAUGUUAUCCACAAUGAGCAAACAUUUUGUGUCAAAUCGUAAUCAGUCAUUGCCAACUGCACACUGCCAUACUCAUUCUCUAAAGCUCUGUUCUUUCAUGUUGCAACACGAGCAUUACUAAAUUCCAUGUAUAUAUAGUGUAUAUUGUAUGUGCUGGGUGUUUCUUUUUUAUAAUUAUUAUCACAAAAACUUUAGAGGUCGUGAUUUGUUUUGUAUUAUUUUAUCUUCAUAUUGGUGUUUUCAACUGCACUCUGGUUUGUACAAAUAGUAAAAUUUCACAUCGCGUUCUUUGUUAUUACAUGAAUCUUUGCCGCUGAUGUCACUGUGUAGCAGGAACAGGGGAGUGGGGAUAAGUUGAUAUUUUUCAAGUGGACCAAUUAUUACUGACCUUUUAUAUUUGAAAUGAUUAAUUAAAUAUGAUGUAAGAUGUGGAUAAAAGUUAUUUUUCUCAGUGGUUUUAUACCUAACAAAAACAAUGAGAAAGUUCACAUAUCAUUUCAUCACCUCAAGCAUCCUGAGUCAUGAGUGUUCAUGUGAUCCUAAUCACAAACUUCAAUCUUUAUUUAAUGAGUCAGGGCCAAAUUUGGAGUUUAAACAUGGAGUGCAUUCCAGAUUCUUAAUAAGAUGAUCAGUGAAUAAUUAUUUCAGUUUUCAUGAAAGAUUUCAUUCAAGGAUGUUUACAGGAGAAACAUUUGGUUGAGACAAGCAAGCUCAGGAUAUUCUGGACUGUCCUACUCCAGUAAAUGUAAAGUUAAAAGCUACAGUCAGAGCUUAUUAAGUUUAACCUCUUUAAAGACCAGAAAGAUACUCUGAUGAUCAGUCGAAUCUGGGGUGGAUUCAGUAGGACAAGAUAUUAGAGCUGGAUGUCCCACCUCAGGUGUGCGUAUGUCUGCCACUUUCCUCAUUGACCAGAAAGAACAACCUGGUGGCAUUUAGAGGCAUUUAGCACUGUUAGCUUAACCUGAACAUGUUACGUUUAAUCUACAGUGUCUCGGAAAAGUAUUCCUACAGCUUUAUGACAUUACAACCACAAACUGCAGUUUCAUUAUUGCGAUUUUAUGUGAUCACAAAGCAGUGUUAAACGGGGAGGUGAAAGGAUAUGUUAUUUAGUUUUCACUAAGAAAACUCUAGCAUAUAGUAUGUUUUUGUAUUGACCUUGUUGAAUAAAUACUGUAGAAUUCUGGAAAAACCUGUAAGGGGCUGCAAAGAAUUAAGUUCUUUGCAGCCCCUUACAGGUUUUCUUCUUGGGCUACCCAUUAUUUAGUUCUAUCAAUUUCCCCAUCUUUACUGACCAGCCUCCCUGUUUCUGCUGAAGAACAAUAUCCCCAGAGCAUGAUGCUACCACCAUCAUGUUUCACUGUGGGGGAAUAAGGUGAUGUGCCAGGUGGAUGGCCAAGUCGUAGUAGGUUUGCAGCUGUGCCAUACUAUUCCAUCUUUGGAUGGCAGAUAGAAACGCUCAGUGGGGUGGCCAAAGCUUUAGAUAUUGUUUUAUAACCCAGUGCUUCUUUAAACCUCUCCACAACCUCCUCUCUGACCUGUCUGUUCUGCUCUUUGGUCUUCAUGCUGCUUUUUGUUCACUAAUGUUCUCUAACAAAGAUCUGAGACCUUCACAAAACAGUUGCAUUUAUACUAAGGUGAAAUUACACACUGACUAUUUACUAAUGAGUUGACGUCUGAAGGCAGUCGGUUGCACUGGAUUUUAAUUUAGAGAAAUGGGGCUGAUUACAAAUGCACGCCUCACUUUUCAGAUUUUUUCCUUCCACUUCACAAUUCUGUACUAUUGUGUUGGUUUGUAAGUCCCAUAAAACACAUUGAAGUUUGUGGUUGUAAUGUGAUAAAAUGUGGAACAGUUAGAGGGGACGGGAUACUUUUGCAGGGUGCAACUGCUAAGAUUCGGACAUUUGCAAACGCACAUCUGUGUAUUGACAUCCGCCUGCAAAUGUAAUAGAAAGUGUCAACUUGCAGUCAUCAGAGAGCCUGUAGGUGGUGCAGAACACUUAAGACCACCAGCUGGACAUCACAAUAGUUAUGUUCACACAGGACCAGCUUUGAUAAUUUACAUCUAAUGACUGGCAGAAAUGAAUAUGUAUAGUGAAAUUUUCCCUUAAAAGUUUUUUUGGUCUUGGUAAAAAUAGUAUGUGCCUCACACUUCUAAAGAACAUGCCUAGACAGUUCAAAAACCAGAUGAGUCCUAGCUUCUUACUCCGGUGAGUUAAAAACACGAGAAUUUACUUUUCCAACUGUGCAUCUUUUAUCAUAACAUUUCCCUGUUUAAUUCAACCCAAACUGGACCAAAAGCCAUUAUAUAAUCAGAUUACUUCAUUUGGCUGCAAAAACCUGACAUUCACCUGUUCCAGUCAUUGAGUAGUUUUCAGUGAAAUGUCCUAACAAGCCUUACUAUAUACACACUGCCAUGCAAAACACAGUUUUUCUCUUUCCAUAUUGCCAUUAACCAACACGGACAUGUUUUGUAAAGAUUCAGCCAUUGCAUGUUACGAAUGUUAAUUGGUAUUCUUUUUUAUGUCAUUAAAUUGCUUUACUUUCCUACA